AUGGGGAAUUGCAAUUCAGUUUGCACUCCAACUGAAGUGGGUUUGAAGCUUACAAAGAAUGGGUCAGGAAAGAGGGUGAGUGCUACACUCUACAAGCAAAUAGUUGGAAGUUUGAUGUAUUUAACUACCACAAGACCAGAUAUUAUGUUUGCUGUGAGUAUGGUUAGUCGGUACAUGGAGAAACCUAUGGAGGAUCAUCUGGUAGCAGUGAAGAGGAUACUGCGCUACUUGAAAGAUACUGAUUAUGCGGGUGAUAUGGAUGAUAGAAAGAGUACGUCUGGGUUUGUGUUUAUGAUGGGUUCAGGAACUAUCUCAUGGUCAGCAAAGAAGCAGCAAAUAGUGACAUUGUCAACUACUGAAGCUGAGUUUGUUGCAGCUGCUUCAAGUUCAUGUCAGGCUAUUUGGUUACGGAGGAUGCUUGGAGUUUUACAAAACCAGCAGUAG